AUGGCCUCCCGAAGACUGCCGAACUCACCCGAAUCAUUCUCAGGAGUAGGUCGGGAGAACGAAAUUGACUGCAGUGUGCAGGCUACUUGCCUUGCCGUGGCCAACUGCUCCAAGCGGGGAGUCUGUGUCGACUGGGACACCUGCCGGUGUGAUAGCGGCUGGGGAGGGGAGAGCUGUUCUCAACCCACCUGCACCGAUCUGGACGGAUGUUCAGGUCGUGGCACAUGUGUGGAGUACGAUGUGUGUGAGUGUGAGCAGGGCUGGACCGGAGUUAGCUGUGCGCUGCCGGACUGCAGCGGAGUGGGAGACUGUUCCAGACGGGGUGAGUGUGUGGGGCCGGACGUCUGUGAGUGUUACAGCGGGUUCAGGGGACAGAACUGCAGCCUGUCGCUGAACUGUACUGAGCUGGACGACUGUAACGGACAGGGGCUUUGCGUCUUCACACCUGGAGGACAGUCGAAUUUUUCAUGCAGAUGUUAUUCAGGUUUCACCGGGACCAACUGUAGUGACGUCUCGUGUUCCGGUGUGAACGACUGUUCCGGGAACGGACAAUGUGUGGAGCCGAACCUCUGCUCCUGUGACGCCGGGUUCAACGGGCCCAGCUGCGCCAAUUUCUCGUGUGAAGCCAGAGACUUCUGCUCAGGCCAUGGGCAAUGUGUGGCAUACGACGAGUGCGCAUGUGACGACUCCUGGAGCGGACCGUCCUGUUCGAUCGCAAACUGCAGUGACGUCAACGACUGCUCCUCAAACGGCGUCUGCCUCUUACCAAACACGUGCGAAUGCGCGAGCGGGUACGACGGGCCGUCCUGCGACCAGUUCAGCGCUCCCAACGAAAACUCCCCCGUGUUUGCGAACGAGACAUUCGUCGUCAGUGUUCGCGAGAACGCACCCGUCGGAACAAAGAUCGGCAAAGUGUCUGCAGACGACGCCGACGCAGGACGUAACGGCUACGUCACGUAUUCCAUUUCACCCGGUAGUGAAGCGGACAUGUUUCUCGUUGACGGUGAAACAGGAGAGAUUUCCACAAUCGUUCAGCUAGACUAUGAAUCAUUGGCUAAAAAGACCAUAUCUCUCGUUGUUGUUGCAAGAGACAAAGGUGUACCGUCUCUGUCUGCCUCGGCGGCUGUUGAGGUGGCCGUACUGGACACGAACGAUCACUGCCCAACUUUCCAAGAGGACUCCACAAGCAUCCAGCACACUCUUCGACCUGGCCAGUCACUAAACAUCACGGCUACGGACAGAGAUAGUGGCGUCAAUGGCAAGGUUACGUACUCAAUCCUAGGAGAGGGAAACAAUGGCAGGUAUUCUAUCAACGAGUCGACCGGCGUCAUAACCUUACGUGACGACAUAACACCGGGAAGGUAUACCUUCGUUGUUGUCUCUAUUGAUCAAGCAGCCGUCCCCUGUUCUUCUCGCCUCACGGUAACUGUGAUAGUUGAGGAGGAGGGUAUACCCGUACCCGAACAGGUACUGUCGUCGACAGUUGAAACCCGCGCUUCCAGCUCGCCAGUAGUGGAUGUAUCGAGUAUAGUCCCAACACAAACGUUCAUGACGCCAACGCCACAACCCACAGCUGCAGCUUCAGCGAUGGCAAGAACGGGUACAAUUGCGUCUUCAUCGGCUACAUCAUCGCCAAUAAGAUCGCUGAUUUCGCUGCAGCCAUCGCAGGUAAUGUUCACGGCCAGCAGUGUACGCCCUACUCCAUCCACCGUGGUUGUUCUAUCUGCCAUAUCUACAAAAGACUCAUCGCCAACACUGGAGUCAUCCGAACUACAGCAGACUGCACCAUCUCCAAUGUCUGUAACUGACCAAGCAGGUCUCCCAUGUUCAAUACAGUAUCUAAGUGUCCAAGUAUCUCCGAUCACGGUGACUGUGACAGCUGUGGAGAGUUUACCUGUUCCGGUACGUGAAACGGUAAAGGUGACAGCUGUUGAGAGUUUACCGGUACGCGAAACGGUAACUGUUACAGCUGUGGAGAGUAUGCCGGUACGUAUACGCGAAACCGUUAAGGUGACAGCUGUGGAGAGUGUUCCCGUACGCGAAACGGUAACUGUGACAGCUGUGCAGAGUAUACCGGUACGCGAAACGGUAAAGGUGACAGCUGUGGAGAGCCCGGUAUGCGAAACGGUAACUGUGACAGCUGUGCAGAGUAUAGCAGCACGCGAAACGGUAAAGGUGACAGCUGUGGAGAGUAUACCGGUACGCCAAUUGGUAACUGUGACAGCGGUGGAGAGUAUGCCAAUUCGCGAAACGGUAACUGUAAAGGAGAGUAUACCCGUACGCGAAACGGUAACUGUGAAGAGUACGCCGGUAUGCGAAACGGUAACCGUGAAAGCUGUGGAGAGUAUACCGGUACGCCAACCGGUAACUGUGACAGCUGCGGCUAGUAUACGAGUACGCGAAACGGUAACUGUAACGGAGAGCGUACCCGUACGCGAAACGGUAACUGUGACGGAGAGUAUUCCCCUACGGCAAACGGUAACUGUGACAGCUGUGGAGAGUAUACCUGUACGCGAAACGGUGCUGUCGACUGUUCAGUCAUGCUCUUCCACCAUAUCCCCAUCACGACCGACCAUGACUCGAACACCCGCAAGUUCAGCGGUCCCAAUGCUGACUUCCCCAACCAGCACAACAGAAUCCCCGACUGCUGGAUCAGAAUUCCUCCUGAGGAAUGUGGACAUGUCAAUGGUUCUGGAUGAGGCAUGGGAUGAGGACCUGGCAUCACAGUCGUCGGAGAAGUACAAGAGGCGGUCGUCAGACAUUGCGGUUGCAAUGUCGUCCGUGUUUAGGAAUGAAUCGCGGUUUGUUGGGGUUAUCGUCACACGGUUCAGGGAAGGGAGCACUAUCGCCGAUUUUCAACUACUGCAUAAUGGUGGGGAGAACUUUGACGACGUCGCGGCGAGCAUGUUGAGGCAAGCUACAAGAAACGGUCUGCAAGUGGGAGGGGCGAAAGUGACUCAGCUGGAACAGAAAGGUGUGCUGCGUCCGCCCAAACCACCAUAG